AAAGGUAUCGAAAGAGAGCUCGUCUGCCCAGCAUGCAAGGAAUUAUUUACCCAUCCGCUGAUCCUUCCUUGCCAGCACAGUGUCUGUCACAAAUGUGUGAAAGAAAUACUCUUUGCAUUUGAAGACUCUUUUGCUGAUGGAGGCUCCGAAUCCUCUAAUCAGAGUAGCCCACGAAUUAAAAUCUCUUCUUCCAGCAUGGACAGAAUUGACAGGAUUAGUAGAUCAGCCUCACAGAGGAGAAGUCUGUCUAGAAGAUCUCUCUGCAGAAAACGCAAUUCACUGACUCCUAGAUCGAGUCUGUUUCCUUGUCCGGGAUGCCAGCGGGAUAUCGAUCUCGGAGAACGUGGCAUCAAUGGCUUAUUCCGCAACUUGACUUUGGAGACCAUUGUGGAAAGGUACAGACAGGCAGCCAGGGCAGCCGCUGCUAUUAUGUGCGACUUCUGCAAACCUCCACCUCAGGAGUCCACAAAGAGCUGCAUGGACUGCAGUGCAAGCUACUGCAAUGAAUGCUUCAAAGUACACCAUCCCUGGGGAACUGUGAAAGCCCAGCAUGAAUAUGUAGGACCAACCACCAACUUCAGACCCAAGAUUUUGAUGUGUCCAGAACAUGAAAUGGAGAGGGUAAACAUGUACUGUGAAAUCUGCAGAAGGCCUGUUUGUCAUCUGUGUAAACUGGGUGGAUGUCAUGCAAACCACAGAGUAACAACCAUGAGCACUGUCUAUAAAACCCUUAAGGAGAAGCUGUCAAAAGAUAUUGAGUACCUCAUCAGUAAGGAGAGCCAGGUAAAAGCUCGCAUCUCACAACUGGAUCUGCUGCUGAAAGAAACAGAGUGCAACAGUGAAAGAGCUAAAGAAGAAGCAUCUCAGAGCUUUGAGAAAUUAUCUCAUGUCCUGGAAGAGAAGAAAUCCACAGCUCUUAGGGCAAUUGAAGCUUCUAAGAAUGUAAAGCUGGAAAAAUUGCGAACGCAAGCAGAAGAAUAUCAAGGGCUCCUGGAAAAUAUUGGCCUUGUAGGAUAUGCUCAAGAAGUGCUUAAAGAAACUGAUCCAUCUUGUUUUGUUCAAACAGCAAAACAACUUCACGUCAGAAUCCAAAAAGCUACUGAAUCUCUGAAGAGCUUCAAGCCAGCAGCUGAAACUACUUUUGAGGACUUUGUGAUGGACAUAGCCAAGCAAGAAGAGAUCCUUGGUGACUUGUCCUUCCAUUCCAAUGGUCUAGAAAUUCCAGAAAUCAAUGAAGAGCAGAGCAAAAUGUACAACAAAGCUCUGAUCAGUUGGGAAUGCCCUGGGAAGACAGACUCAGGUCAUAUCUAUGUUCUUGAGUAUCAUAAGCUUAAUAGAGAAGAGGAGAGUACGACGUGGCAGGAGGUCGAAGUUUGCAGCAAGAGCAAAGUAAUAUCUGAUCUUGAUCAUGACAGCAGCUAUGCUUUCAGAGUUCGAGGAAAUAAAGGGUCCAUUUCCAGCCCUUGGAGCCGAGAAGUUAUUCUGCGUACGCCUCCAGCCCCAGUUCUCAGUUUUCUUUUUAAUGAAAAAUGUGGGUACAACAGUGAACAUCUCCUGCUGAACCCAGGAAGAACCUCUGUGGAAAGUAGGGCUGGAUUUCCUCUACUGCUGGGGUCUGAGCGCAUGCAGGUCGGAUGCUACACAACCCUGGAUUACAUCAUUGGUGACACUGGGAUUGCCAAAGGGAAGCACUUCUGGGCUUUUCACGUGGAAGCCUAUUCCUACCUGGUGAAAGUGGGAGUCGUUUCUAGCAACAAGAUACAGAAGUUGUUCCAUAAUACCCAUGAUGUGACCAGCCCAAGGUACGAGCAAGACAGUGGUCAUGACAGUGGGAGUGAAGAUGCCUUCUUUGACUCAUCACAGCCUUUCACACUGGUCACUUUAGGCAUGAAGAAGUUCUUUAUCCCCACGACACCUGCUGCCCCCAAAGAUCCAGCGAGCAGAAUCCUUCCCUUGCCGUCGUGCUUGGGCAUCUGCCUCGACUGUGACAAAGGCAAGCUGGGGUUUUACGAUGCCGGCUGUAUGAAAUGCCUUUAUGAGUGCGAGGUGGACUGCUCUGGCAUAAUGUACCCAGCAUUUGCCUUAAUGGGUGGCGCAGCAGUUCAUCUUGAGGAAGCUGUCACAGCAAAGUACGGGGAGUACCACGACGACAUCUAG